GCGGCGGGAGCCUGGUUCCGCGCCCGGUCGGGGUCGGCAGGGCGGCGCUCGCGGAGUCCGGCGGCGCCAUGGGCAAGAAGCACAAGAAGCACAAGGCCGAGUGGCGCUCGUCGUACGAGGAUUACGCAGACAAGCCCCUGGAGAAGCCCCUGAAGCUAGUCCUGAAGGUCGGAGGGAGCGAGGUGACUGAGCUCUCAGGCUCUGGCCACGACUCCAGUUACUACGAUGACAGGUCAGACCACGAGCGGGAGAGGCACAGAGAGAAGAAAAAAAAAAAGAAGAAAAAGUCAGAAAAGGAGAAACACCUCGACGAUGAGGAAAGGAGGAAGCGAAAGGUGGAGGAGGAGAAGAAGCGGAAACGGGAGAAGGAGCACUGUGACACGGAGGGUGAGGCUGAUGACUUCGACCCGGGGAAGAAGGUUGAGGUGGAGCCGCCCCCAGACAGACCGGUCAGGGCCUGCCGCACACAGCCAGCUGAAAAUGAGAGCACACCCAUUCAGCAACUGCUUGAACACUUCCUACGUCAACUGCAGAGGAAAGAUCCGCACGGGUUUUUUGCUUUCCCCGUCACGGACGCUAUUGCUCCUGGAUACUCGAUGAUAAUAAAACACCCGAUGGACUUUGGCACGAUGAAGGACAAAAUCGUCGCUCACGAAUACAAGUCUGUCACAGAGUUUAAGGCAGAUUUCAAGCUCAUGUGUGACAAUGCCAUGACCUACAACAGGCCGGACACUGUGUACUACAAGCUGGCCAAGAAGAUCCUGCACGCGGGCUUCAAGAUGAUGAGCAAAGAACGGCUGUUAGCUUUGAAGCGCAGCAUGUCGUUCAUGCAGGACAUGGAUUUCUCUCAGCAGGCAGCGCUCCUGGGCAGUGAGGACACGGCCGUCGAGGAGCCAGUGCCUGAAGUCGUGCCUGUGCAAGUAGAAACAGCCAAGAAAUCCAAAAAGCCCAGUAAAGAAGUUCUUAGCUGCGUGUUUGAGCCGGAGGGGAAUGCCUGCAGCCUGACAGACAGCACCGCAGAGGAGCACGUGCUGGCGCUGGUGGAGCAUGCGGCCGAUGAGGCACGUGAUAGGAUCAACCGCUUCCUGCCCGGUGGCAAGAUGGGCUACCUCAAGAAGAAUGGCGACGGGAGCUUGCUGUACAGCGUGGUCAAUGCUGCUGAGCCUGAUGCUGAAGAGGAGGAGACACUUCCCGUGGACCUGAGCUCCCUCUCCAGCAAGCUGCUCCCGGGCUUUACCACUCUGGGGUUCAAAGAUGAGAGGAGAAAUAAAGUCACACUUCUUUCAAGUGCAAGUACUGCUCUCUCAAUGCAUAAUAAUUCGGUAUUUGGUGACCUGAAGUCUGACGAGACAGAGCUGCUCUAUUCUGCCUACGGGGACGAGACAGGUGUGCAGUGUGCACUGAGCCUGCAGGAGUUUGUGAAGGAUGCAGGGAGCUACAGUCAGAAGUUGGUGGAUGACCUCCUGGACCAGAUUACUGGGGGCGACCACUCCAGGAUGCUGGUCCGGCUGAAGCAGAAGAGAAGCAUCCCGAUAAAGCCCCCAGAGGAAGGAAAGGUUGGAGACUCGCUUGGAGACAGUAGUAGCUCCGUUCUGGAUUUCAUGUCCAUGAAGCCGUACUCUGACGUCUCUCUUGACAUCUCCAUGCUCAGCUCUCUGGGGAAGGUCAAGAAGGAGCUGGACCACGAUGAGGGCCACCUGGGUCUGGAUGAGACAACAAAGCUGCUGCAGGACCUGCACGAGGCACAGACGGAGCGUGGUGGCUCCCGACCCUCAUCCAACCUCAGCUCCCUGUCCAACACCUCUGAGAGGGACCCGCAUCACCUGGGCAGCCCGUCUCACCUCAGCGUCGGGGAGCAGCCAGACGUGGCCCACGACCCCUACGAGUUCCUGCAAUCCCCGGAGCCAGCCACCUCCACCAGCAGCUAGCUUCCACCUGGCCUGUGGCCAUCUCUGCAAGCGAGUGUCAUCUGCACGGUUGAUCCCUGUAGGACACAGACUUGUUUGUCCCUUCUAGGGGGACACAGCCAGGAUGAAAAGACCCCCAAGAUGGCAUCCCGGCCGCGAGGUGUAGCAUUGUGUGUACAUAGGCAGGAGUCCUGAGGAGUGCCGUGGCAUAAAUGUGCGUGAGACCAGGUUCUGCGGCACUGUGGUCUGUCCCGGCAGGGUGGGUGUCCCUCUGUCCUUUCCUGAGCCUCCACGGGGCACUGAACCCUCAGCCUUGGGGUGCUGAGCCCUUCCUGUGGAAGCCAGGAAGCUUUGGCCAGCCCCAGCCUGCCUGCCCCACAAUUCCUUACGUAGGUGAGGGUGGUAGUCCAUCCAUCCACCGGGCCUGUGUUGCCUGGGCGAGUGAAGGUGAGAGCCCCCCAGAUCUGUAUUUCUGGGACAAGUGAGGGUGGGACUCCCCCAGUUCUGCAUUCCCAAGGCGGGUGAGAGUGGGAGCCCACCCAUCCUGUGUUCUUGAGGCAGGCAAGGGUGACGCCCACACAGGUGCUCCCAGCAUCCAGGGCCAGGCCACAGAGCCCGCCUGCCCAUCGGGGUCUGCAGCUCGCUGGCUCCUCCUCAGUGUCUGAGCGUGAGAGAGGUAUACACUGUUCACCUGUGGAAAGACAUUCCGUGCUCACAGCACUCCUCUCGGGGUCUUCUGGCUGGACAACUGUAUAUUUACAAAUCACUGUAAAUGAAGACCGUAAUAAAGAGAUGAACAGAU